AUUCCCGUCCAUAUUCGAUUUUCUGUCAAGCAAUCAAUACUCACAGCGACGAUAAGGUCCUAUAUUAAAUUUACUUAUAAUUUUGUGAUCAAUUCACUCAAAUUUAUACAAUCAUGGCCUCAGAACAAGUUAGAGCUCCAGGUAGCAAACCUGGAGAGAAUAUGUUGUGGGGUGGUCGAUUUACCGGCGGUCUUGAUCCUCUCAUGGUCUCUUAUAAUGAAUCAAUCUACUACGAUCGUGCAUUCCAUACUCAGGAUAUUCGGGGCAGUAUUGCUUGGGCUCGUGCAAACCACAAGAAUGGCAUCUUGACUGAAGCCGAAUUCGCAGCAAUUGAGUCCGGAUUGAAGCAAGUCGAGGAAGAAUGGGUCGCCGGCACAUUCAAGAUCAUUCCUGGUGUGGACGAGGAUAUUCAUACUGCAAAUGAGAGAAGACUGGGCGAAAUUAUUGGCAAAGAGAUUGGAGGGAAAUUACACACUGGAAGAAGUCGAAAUGAGCAAGUUGCAACAGAUAUGCGAUUGUGGCUUAGAGAUGAGCUCAAAAAGAUUGAGAGCUUCUUGGUCGAUUAUUUGAAGGUCGUGGCUGCCAGAUCAGAGAACGAGAUUGAACAUAUCAUGCCAGGAUAUACUCACUUGCAACGUGCUCAACCUAUCAGAUGGAGUCACUGGAUGUUGUCAUACGGUUUGGCUUUUGCAACUGAUCUCCAAAGAUUGCGGGAAGUUAUCAAGCGAGUUAAUCGAUCGCCUUUAGGAUGUGGUGCUUUGGCUGGUAAUCCUUUCAAUAUCGAUCGUGAGGCAAUGGCCGAGGAGCUUGGUUUCGAAGGUCUUUUGUGGAACUCUAUGUCCGCAGUUGGCGACCGUGAUUUUGUUGUUGAGACAAUGCAAUGGGGUGCCACUCUCAUGUCCCAUUUAUCAAGAUGGGCUGAGGAUCUUAUCAUCUAUGGUACUGGUGAAUUUAGCUUCGUUCGUCUGGCUGAUGCCUACUCCACUGGGUCAUCUCUGAUGCCCCAAAAGAAGAACAGUGACAGUUUGGAAUUAUUGAGGGGUAAAUCCGGCAGAGCGUUCGGUCAAAUGGCAGGUUUGAUGAUGACAAUCAAGGGUCUUCCAAGUACUUACAACAAGGACCUUCAAGAGAGUGUGGAGCCAAUGUUGGAUCACAUCAAGACAGUUGGAGACAGUAUCCAGAUCGCAACCGGCGUUCUCAGCACAUUGACUAUCAAUCCAGAGAAGAUGAAGGCUUCGCUAGACCCAUUUAUGCUCGCCACCGACUUGGCGGAUUAUCUAGUACGAGCAGGUGUACCAUUCAGAGAGACUCAUCACAUCUCUGGGCAAGUCGUCGCAUACUCUGAGAAGACUAAGAUUCCAAUGGACCAAUUGACAUAUGAUCAACUGAAGAGCAUUGAUAGCCGUUUCAAGGAGGAUGUUUCUGAAUGUUUUGACUAUGAGAAGAGUGUAGAAGCGCGCCAAGCAGCUGGCGGAACCAGCAAGUCAAGCGUUGAGGAGCAAAUCAAGGUGUUGAAAAGCAUUCUUGGUUAAAGGUAAAAGGUCGAAAUGUUGAGAUGUUAUGAAUCGAGUUGUUCAGAAUAUUUUGCGCCAUACAAUCAUCUAGUGCAUUGUUAGUAUCAAUGCUAAGUUUGUGGGUUGCAAUUCUUUUGUAAUAGAAGCUCCAUACAGAUAAAAGUUAACGAGAAUAAUUGAUACCAUGAAUGCAUAGAAUUCCCGAAAU